AUGCCUAAGAAUAAGGGAAAGGGAGGUAAAAAUCGACGUCGAGGCAAGAACGAAAACGACAACGAAAAGCGCGAACUCACCUUCAAGGAAGAGGGGCAAGAAUAUGCUCAGGUCCUGAAGAUGCUGGGCAACGGCCGGCUCGAGGCUCUGUGCUUCGACGGUGAGAAGCGCCUCGCUCACAUUCGCGGAAAACUGCGCAAGAAGGUCUGGAUCAACCAGGGAGACAUCAUCUUGCUGUCGCUGCGGGAUUAUCAGGACGAAAAGGGCGAUGUGAUUCUGAAGUACAGUGCCGAUGAGGCGAGAUCACUCAAGGCGUACGGCGAAUUGCCCGAAAGUGCGAAGAUCAACGAGACGGAUACCUACGGUCACGAGGGCGUUGACGACAACGUCGAGUUCGACGAGGAUCGGGACAGCGACUCGGACAAGGAUGUCGACAUCGACGACAUCUAG